AUGCCAAACAAGUAUGGUUAUCUCAUUCCAUCAGUUGAUGAAGCUAACAACAAAGAUGGAAUUAAUGCCCAAAACGAAAUUCAAAACAUGCAGAACGGCGGGUACAUUAGCUAUAUAAAUCAAAGCAUAGAUGGCGAAGCACAUUCUGUCGACAGUUCUGAACCAAAAUACAUUCACAUAGGCAGCUUUCAAGGCAGUCCUUCUAUCCCUGUAAUGAGUGACCUAAUAGAUGAUGAGCAUGACCAAAGCUAUAUACACCCCAUUGACCCCGAUGACCCUUCUCUGCCGAUCUCUUACGGAUACCAUACAUGGGAUGGGGCAGAUGACCAAGCUACUGAUGGCGAAAUAAACAUUGUAGUUUCAAAAGCAUAUGAAGGGAUACUGUGGAAAGGAGAUGUGUUGCAUAUGCAUUACACAGGAAAGUUGGAAGAUGGUACUGAGUUUGACAGCAGCAUUCCCAGAAAAGAGCCUUUUGUAUUUACUCUAGGAACUGGACAGGUUAUUAAAGGAGGGGAUCAGGGUCUUCUGAACAUGUGUGACGAAGAGAAACGCAAGCUGGUUAUUCUUUCAGAUAUGGGCUAUGGAAAUUGA